AAGGAGUGGGUCAUUUAUCAUUGGUGACUGCUGAGCUCCACCAUCUCUGCACGCAUCAAAGUUGGGGGAACAAGCCUCUCUGUGCGGAGCAUAGCCAUGUCAGUGGCAAGCAGAUAAACCGGUCAGCGUGAUGGAUGGGUGAGGAAGUCUGACGCUCCGUUUGACCAAAUCUAGCCAACUUCUAAACAAAGAUGCUUCUGCCAUUGCACCAGUAGCAAGCAGAAUCCUGUCACUUUCUUCACUAAUGCAUGGUCAUAGUAUCAACGAGUUUGUUAAAGCCUUGUGCCACGCAUGUCUUAUUAUGUAGCAGAACAUAUAUAUAGGUCUUGUUGUAAAAUGCAUGUAUGGAUUGAUAUACAAGUUGAUGUUGACAGAAGACAGCGGUGGUAUCAUUUUCUUAGCUUUAAUUUAGCUGAAAACCCCGACUCCUCGAGUUCAAUCCAGUAAAUUUGCUUCCACGUUUUGCUGGAAACGCUGUUGCGGGAGAGAGAGGAGGGGGAGGCGCUCUUGGAUUGGACGCGCCGCGGUUGUCAGGACUGGAGGAGGCUGGGAAGAAGGGACUGUUGUGUUAAGGCCGCCGUGGGAGAGCGCAGCACACUGUAUUCGAAAAGCGCGAAUGACAGGAGAUUCAGGACAGUUUGAUGUCUGUCUGGAUUAUGACGCUGAGUACACUUGUCCUCACUUGUCGCGACUUCACUCUCCCGGUGCUUCAGACACAGCAUAGCCUACUUUCCUCCCUUGACGAGCAGCGCUAGUUACCGAAAAAAGAGCCGAAGCGACGAAGCACUCUUCCCUUCAAGGGAGCGGACUGUGAUGACAACCCAAACGAGGACGGAAUCUAAAUUGACCUAUCCCUGCAUAAUCUGAAACUCGACCGCAAGAGAGAAACUUUGGUAGCUACAAAUGUAGAUGACACGGCAACAGAUAUAUUAUCGGUCUGCAUAGCCGUGUUUGCCAGGGAAAUUAAUACUAACGAGGUACAAUAGAAACCCGGUUGUUUAGGACUUCUGAAAAAGACCAGUUUGUGAUACUGCGCAGCCUGCUACCCGACAGUACUCUCGUUGUCUCUUAAAUAAAUAGGAUGGACGUAGACUAUGUGACGAGGCACUAUUUCGUGUUACCGUGUAUGAACUCUGUUCUGUUUUAGCCUUGACUAAUGUUGACUACUUGUAUGGUCCAAGCACAUCUACAGUUAUGUGUUUGGUAACUAGCAGCUAAGUCGAUCUUUUAGUGGAAGCCUUUACUGUUGUGUACAAGCAUUUUUGUACUCCAUUUCUUGUAUUGAGAAAAGUAGACAUCAAGACUGUUUGAACUUGUCACCUGUCCUCUCUUAAAACAAUUCACUGUGGCAAGUCAGGGCGCGCAUAAACUGUGGCCACUCAAAAAUAAAGGACGGUGUUAACUCAGUGGCGUGCACUUGGACCUACUGGAUGUAGGUGCUGAGCAAUAGGUGCUGUUCAGACUCCAUGGGUCCUGACGCGACCCAACGCCACACACAUUUCAUCGCACAAGGAAGAAGAUAAGUCUUCACGUCCAGUCCGUGGAUAGUAAAGGGAGUGGAUGAUUAUCGGAUUGUAAGACUGUGCCAUGCACCGCUUUGGCAAGCAGCUGCUGCCUACAUAGAGGUUGCUCCCCCUCCUGAUUCCGUCCUCUUCGCCCACCCCCAGAGGAUGCUGGGAAUGUGUCGUGGGCGCAGGAGGUUCCUGGCCUUCUCCCUCGCCCUGCUCUUCAUCCCAGCGCUCACCUGGCUCUACCUCUCCGUCGGCAACUUCCAGGUGAGGCACCUCCCCCUGUCGCCCCUGGAGCCCCAGUCCUCCGCUCUGAUUGGUGGAGGAGCCGGGGAGCGUCAGGCCCUGGAGCUGCGCGUUCGUGAGGUUGAGGAGGAGAACCGCGCCCUGAGGAAGGAGCUCAGCCAGCCGCCCCGCAGCCCCUCCCGCCCGCACCAAACGGGCCACCAUGGCAACGGCUCGCUGCCACACUCCAGUGAGGACGCCACCAAGCACAACGAGGCUCAGAGGGGGGGUAUCGGGGCCAACGGCUCUGACUGCAUUCAGCAGCCCGCUGUGGACAAGUGUGAGACGAUCCAUUUGGCAAUCGUGUGUGCCGGCUACAAUGCCAGCAGGGAUGUGGUAACGCUGGUGAAGUCCGUCCUGUUUCACAGGCGCAACCCACUGCACUUCCACUUCAUCACGGACUCCAUCGCCCAGCGCAUCCUGGCCUCCCUCUUCCACACCUGGAUGGUGCCGGCCGUACGUGUGGACUUCUACGACGCAGACGAGCUGAAGUCUGAAGUGUCCUGGAUCCCCAACAAGCACUACUCUGGCAUCUAUGGGCUCAUGAAGCUGGUGCUGACCAAAGCGCUGCCCUCUGACCUCAAGAAGGUCAUCGUGCUGGACACCGACAUCACCUUCGCCACCGACAUCGCCGAGCUUUGGGCCGUCUUCCACAAGUUCACAGGGCAGCAAGUUCUGGGUCUGGUGGAGAACCAGAGUGACUGGUACCUGGGGAACCUUUGGAAGAACCAUCGGCCGUGGCCAGCCCUGGGUAGAGGCUUCAACACAGGUGUGAUACUGCUCCUUCUGGACCGCUUGAGGAAGCUCCGAUGGGAACAGAUGUGGAGGCUGACCGCAGAGAGGGAACUAAUGAGUAUGCUGUCGACCUCACUAGCAGACCAGGACAUCUUCAACGCGGUGAUCAAACAGAACCCCUUCCUGGUGCACCAACUGCCCUGCUUCUGGAAUGUUCAGCUGUCGGAUCACACUCGCUCCGAGAAGUGCUACAAAGACGUGGCAGACCUCAAGGUGAUCCACUGGAACUCUCCUAAGAAGCUGCGUGUGAAGAACAAGCACGUGGAGUUCUUCCGGAACCUCUACCUGACGUUCCUGGAGUACGACGGGAACCUUCUGAGGCGGGAACUCUUCGGCUGCCCCAGCGAGACCGACCACAACAGCGCUAACCUUCAGAAGACUCUGUUGGAGCUGGAUGAGGACGACCCGUGCUACGAGUUCCGGCGGGAGCGUUUCACCGUGCACCGCACACACCUCUACUUCCUGCACUAUGAGUACGAGCCCAGCGCCGACAACACCGACGUCACACUGGUGGCCCAGCUGUCCAUGGACAGGCUGCAGAUGCUGGAGGCCAUCUGUAAGCACUGGGAGGGCCCCAUCAGUCUGGCCCUCUACCUGUCUGACGCCGAGGCCCAGCAGUUCCUGCGCUACGCCCAGGGCUCGGAGGUGCUGAUGAGCAGAGGCAACGUGGGCUACCACAUCGUCUACAAGGAGGGGCAGUUCUACCCCGUCAACCUGCUGCGCAACGUGGCCAUGAGGCAGGUCAACACGCCAUACAUGUUCCUGUCCGACAUCGACUUCCUGCCCAUGUACGGCCUCUAUGAGUCCCUCAGGAAGUCUGUGGUGCAGUUGGACAUGGCCAGCACCAAGAAGGCUCUGGUGGUGCCGGCAUUCGAGACGCUCCGAUACCGUCUGUCUUUCCCCAAAUCCAAAGCUGAGCUUCUGUCCCAGCUGGACAUGGGCACUCUCUUCACCUUCAGAAACGAUCUAGGCCUAACAACUCAGAGAAAGCCCCCGCAUCACUUCCAUGACAGCGAGAUCAAGUAUCACGUUUGGAUGAAAGGCCACGCCCCCACCAACUUUGCCAAAUGGCGGACGGCCACAACGCCCUAUCACGUGCAGUGGGAGGCGGACUUUGAGCCGUACGUCAUGGUGAGGCGGGACUCCCCAGAGUACGACCGGAGAUUCGUGGGCUUCGGCUGGAACAAGGUGGCCCACAUCAUGGAGCUAGAUGCCCAGGAGUAUGAGUUUGUGGUUCUGCCCAACGCCUACAUGAUCCACAUGCCUCACGCCCCAAGUUUCGACAUCACCAAGUUCCGCUCCAACGAACAGUACCGCGUCUGCCUCAAGACGCUCAAGGAAGAGUUCCAGCAGAACAUGUCCCGUCGCUACGGUUUCGCCGCGCUCAAGUACAUGACGGCGGAAAACAACAGCUAGCCGAACCUAUCCGUCCAACAGCCACAAAGCACACACCCUCCAGUACACUCAAACUAAAUACUUGCCCCCUGAGCAUCCCAUAACAGACCUUUGUCAGGGUUGCCAUGUUGCAGACUGCAGACAAUUCCGAAAGUGAAAAGAAGACUUUUUUUCCAACCAGUGGGUUUUCCCUCAAGGCUAUUGCGAACACGGACACUGUACGGCUGCAGUUUCGGAAAUGACCUUUUGACUCCUUUUUUUGUUUUCUUUCUAAACAUAACAGACAUCGCAAGGAAUGGCCGGCCCAAUCCUCACCCAUUAUGCAUUUCAGCCCCUUAAAAUGAACAAAAAAAACAGAACUCUGAACAGAACUGUUCUCCUCCUGAACUAAAUUCAAGUUUGGGUUGUCAGGGACAAUUUGCUGCAGUAUCAACAUGGAAAAACUAUUCCUCUUUUUACACAACUGGAGCACUGAAACACGUAUUUCUCUUUCCAUACCUCAUGCUUUCAAAAUGACAUUUUGACAAGUCAGCGAAAUGAGGAGAGAAGGACAAGCACCCCACUGGAUCUUGACCAAUCACAAGUAAACUGGACCGGUGAUAAUGUCUGCCCCUCGGCCACUCAUUGGCUGACACUAUUCAUGUGUGUUAUACAAAUGUGCCAAAUGGCUUAUAUUUUCACAAAUGGACAGUGUUUGUGUCAAUACCGAAGAAAAGACAAAGGGAUUGUUUUAGUCUUACAAAUUCUUUCUUUUUUUUCAAAGGGAAAUAAUUUAAAAAAUACCAUCCAUUGUAUAAUGCUGUUAAGUACUGUGAAGAAAAAAAAAAGAAGAUAAUAAUGAAUUUGCCAUGAGGCUGCAAGCAGCUUCUGUGGUCUUCAGAAAUUUGAGUCAGUAAAAAAAGUUGAAAGUUACAUGUCUAUUUUGAUAAUAAAAAUGUAAUGUCA